UCAGAUGUUAUUAGACACAUUUACUAGGAUAAUUCUGGAAAAUCCCUUAUCUGCUUAUUGUGUUACUAGUGUUUUAGUGAGAUUACAUAGUCAUACCUGAAAGUCGGAGGGGUGCGGUGACCGCCAGUGUCCCUGAGGGAAGCCACGGAGGAGCCAAGAAAGUCGCAGCUGCCUCUUUGACAGCUGCUGCAGGAGGACACAAGCUCCGCUCAUGUCUCCGGACAAAGUGCUGACAGUGACUGCCUGCAAGGCCCCAGGGGGAUCGUAGCAGGUCAUGGCAAACAGGGGAGGAGCGUCCAGGCCCAACGGAGCCAACGGCGGCAACAAGAUCUGCCAGUUCAAGCUGGUGCUGCUGGGGGAGUCGGCCGUGGGCAAGUCCAGCCUGGUGCUCCGCUUCGUUAAGGGCCAAUUCCACGAAUUCCAGGAGAGCACAAUAGGAGCCGCCUUCCUCACCCAGACGGUGUGUCUGGACGACACCACAGUCAAGUUUGAAAUCUGGGACACGGCCGGCCAGGAGCGCUACCACAGCCUGGCCCCGAUGUACUACAGAGGAGCACAGGCCGCCAUCGUGGUCUACGACAUCACUAACGAGGAGUCUUUUGCACGAGCAAAGAAUUGGGUGAAGGAGCUGCAGAGACAAGCCAGCCCGCACAUAGUCAUCGCUCUGUCGGGCAACAAGGCCGACUUGGCCUCCAAGAGAGCCGUCGACUUCCAGGACGCUCAGUCCUACGCCGACGACAACAGCUUACUUUUCAUGGAGACGUCGGCCAAGACCUCCAUGAACGUCAACGAAAUUUUUAUGGCUAUUGCCAAGCGGUUGCCAAAGACGGAGCCCCAGGCCGCCGGUGCCAACAGCGCUCGUCAAGGUGGUGUGGACCUGACGGAGACCGCCCAGCCCGCCAAGGCCCCCUGCUGCAGUACCUAGGACACUGCCCCCAUGCCCCUUCGCCCCAAACCCCUCCCCCUCGCCGCCCGACCACCAACACAUAGCUGUAACCUAAGGCGGGCGACACGAGAUAAGCUGGCCUGAUUUGUUUAUAACCACAACAUAUCACCAAGGUAACGUAUACUGACAGCGAUGAAGAGCUCCACCUGGUGGCCAAUGAAAUGUCCUGCAGGUUGAGACUGGAGUUGAGGUUCCCUGCCGCAUCCAUUUAUCAUCAUGAAUUGUGUUAAAACGCGAUCGGGAAACCCAACCGGAGACAUAAGUGCACAUCUUAGAGGAAGCGCUCCCUUCCUCAACUACUGCCUUGCUAACAACCGUUGUUUAUUUUGUUUUUUGUUUUUAAUAUCGCGUCCUGACCACUGCUGAGUGGUAAAAGAAAAGCAUUAAUUAACACACGGGACUCGCACUACUGCCCCCCCCUGGUGACGUGGCGACAUACCCACGGUGACCCAAAACAGCAGAAACAAAGUUGUGGCACUUCCUGUUCCUUCUUUUGCUGGCUUUGCACCCGAAAGGGAUGAUAUCCUUAAAAAGUGGGGAGUUGCAAUAUGAAAAAGGUAGCUUUUGUUAUUAAUAUUAUUGUUGCCUUGGCUUGAUUAGGACGUGCUUUUAGACACGGGGGUGUGUCCAUUUUCUAUUUAUGUGUUACACGCAAUUCCUUCCCCCUUAUCUGGAUUGUACACUUUUUAUUCACGCCUCGCACUAAUGAUUCCUAUCAUUACGUCUUGUCAUGAUCACCGCGGGUGUGAUAUGAAUCAAUAUAUAAAUAUAUAUAUAUACAUAUAUAUAUAAAUGAUAUACUGUACAUAGGGUGUUACUCGGCUUGAUUCGGCAGUGACUAAUGCUUUUUGCUCGGGCAUUGUUGUGAAAAUCAUGUAAGAAGAACAAAAAGUAUGGGGGAUCCGGGUUCAAAUCUUGCGCCAUUUGUCUGUAACCGCGUCCCCCAAAACAUUCAAACUGGUCCAUACAGUGGGUCUGGGUCAGUUUUCGCCUCAUUUUCUUCCAAAGCGAAAGAGAUGAUAAGAGUAUUAUCUACUCACAGAUGCUCCCUGGUGGUUGUUUGAGAACACCGCAGCUGGUUUAGGUUGAAAUAACCCACCUCCACUCCGAACUGACUGUUAAAUCGCUGCAAAUCUUCGGACAACAUGAGUAAACCAGGGAUUGUACCUUUGCACAGCAUUUACCUAUAUGACCCAAUCCAAACAUCCUUUCCCGCUCACGGCGCAAGUAAAUUGGGAGGGAAAAAAAGUCAACACUCCAAUCACACAUAACACGACCUGCUCACUGAACUUUGUGGAUAUUAUUUAAAAAAAAAACCCAUCCAAACACCAUAAAAAAAAAUUCAAAAUGACACCCAUUUGCCGUUGUGUCCUUGGGCAAGGCACUUUACCCACCCGCUCCCAGUGCCAUCCACUCGGUUUUGAAAAUGUAACUUAGAUACUGGGUUUCACAAUGUAAAAGCGUUUUGACUCUCUAGAGAAAAGCGCUAUAUAAAUAUAAUUCACUUCAUUUAAAUCCAUUGCAAUGCAUGAUGGGGAAAAAUGCCAAACAAUCCACAUUUGGCACAUUUUAGCUGCUUGAUAUUUUCUGAUUGUUUACAAAACUUUAAGGAGGUCGUCACGUAAGUAAACAAGGUAGGAGUCCAACUUUCACAUACUUAAUAUCUAACUAUAGUAAUAUACAUGUGUAUAUACAUGUACACAUAUACUGUAUAUGUUUAUGCUCUAUAUAUAUAUAUAUAUAUAUAAUUUGGUGUAAUACGGCCCCUAAGUCAAAAAGUUUGGACAUUCCUGCCUUAAUGCUUCAGUCACACGCAGGGUUCUCACAGGAAUGAGGCAAAAACGAACCCAGACCCACUGUAGGUGUGGACAUACAGGUGCAUGUCAAUAAACGAUAUCGAGAAGACGCUGCGGUUCAUGUGUAUUAGCAAGCUUAAACAAAAACAAGAUGAACUGUCUUUUUGGCGCCCUCACCAUCGAUCAGAAAUCAGGACAACCCUUAGCGUUAACAACCGUACUGCUACAAUAAUAAACGUUGGAAAAAAAGCAAACUACACCGACUGUACGUUGACAAGAGUAUUGAAUGUGGGGGAAAAGGCCGUGUGUGUGUUCUUGGAAGUGGCGCCGCUGAACGAGAGUCUUCUCCUACAAGUCCGCUUUGGCAUUUUUUUUUUUCCCCCACCAAAGUCUGUUCUUAAACCGAAAUUUUUUUUUAUCAAGUCCACUUUAGUCUAGAUACUGAAUCUGUGUUUAUUCGCUGCAAGUUCUAAUAGUCAACAGAAAUGAACAGGUAGAUAUUUCGAGUACAUUUGCAGUGAUUUAUUGAGACGCACCUGUAUGAGUCACACAGCUGGGGUAGGCUCCAGCCCACCCAGGACCCCAAUAAGCAAAAUAGAAAUUAGGAAUGUCUUUUAGCAACGGUCUGAUGACUUGUCGUUGUUGUCUAUCUCACCCCUUCUCUCUGGGGAAGCUCCACAGGAGGCAAAGGUACAGGUGGGUAACAAUGAAGAGGCGUCAUCAUAGGAACGUCCCUUGUAUGCUUUUUGUUGUUCUUCAGGUAUACAAAUACAUUUAGCUAAAAAAAAUAAAAUUAAAAAAAACACAAUUUGAGAUGAUUUUACAGUGCUGUUAUGUAAUGAGCUAAUAAAUACUGGAAUACA